AAGCUUGUGCCUCCGCAAGCUGUAGCACCAUCUCUUAGAGCAAUGGAUCCUUGGGGACUCACCACUACAGCCCUCCUGGCUUGUGUCCUUUUCCUGAUCUUCUUGUUCCUAUGGGACCAAGGAUUAAAUAGGGGCAAGCUCCCACCAGGUCCCACUCCUCUUCCCUUCAUUGGCAACAUCUUGCAAUUGGAUUUCAAGAACAUGACUGCAACAUUCUCACAGCUGGCUAAAAAAUAUGGCUCCAUCUAUACUCUUUAUGUUGGAAGCCAACGUGUUGUGGUGCUACAUGGAUAUAACAUUAUCAAGGAAGCUCUAAUUGAUCAAGGAGAUGUUUUUAUGGAGAGAGGAAACAUACCAAUAUUUGAAGAUAUAAUGAAAGGAAAAGGAGUUGUUUUCAGUCGUGGAGAGAGGUGGAAACAAAUCCGCAGAUUUUCCCUCAUGACCCUAAGGAACUUUGGGAUGGGAAAGAGAAGCAUUGAAGAGAGAGUUCAAGAAGAAGCCCAAUGCCUGGUAGAGGAGCUCAAGAAAACAAUGGGUAAGCCCACUGAUCCCACCUUCAUCCUUGGCUGUGCUCCAUGCAAUGUGAUCUGCUCUAUCCUCUUCCGUGAUCGAUUCAAGUACAAUGAUGAGAAAUUUCUAUAUCUGAUGAACUUGUUAACGGAAAAUUUUCAUCUCUUUAACAAACCAUGGACCCAGCUCUACAACUUUUUACCAGCAAUCAGAGUAUACCUCCCUGGAAUACAUAAAAGAAUUUUAAAAAUUAAUGAGGAACUAAGACAUUUUGUCUUGGAAAGAGUGAAGGAGCAUCAAAAGAUACUGGACCCCAAUAACCCUCAAGACUACAUUGACUGUUUCCUCUCCAAAAUGCACCAGGAAAAAGAUAAUCCCCAGUCUGAAUUUGACUUGGAGAAUCUUGUAAUGACUGGAGCAGACCUAUUUGGUGCAGGAACAGAGACUACCAGCAGCACUCUGAGACAUGGCCUGCUGCUCAUUCUGAAACAUCCUGAGGUCCAAGUCAAAAUUCAUGAAGAAAUUGAUCGUGUGAUUGGACAAAAUCGAGUUCCUUCCAUAAAGGACAGACAAGAUAUGCCCUAUAUGGAUGCUGUGGUGCAUGAAGUGCAGAGAUUUGUUGACCUCAUACCUCUCAACCUGCCCCAUGCAGUAACUCGGGACAUUCAAUUCCAAAAAUAUGUCAUCCCCAAGGGUACAAACAUCUUCCCACUGCUCUCCCCAGUCUUGGGGGACAGCAAAGAGUUUCCCAACCCUGACCAGUUUGACCCCCAGCACUUCCUGGAUAAGAAUGGGAAAUUCAAGAAAAGUGACUACUUCAUGCCUUUUUCCAUUGGAAAACGGUCUUGUCUUGGAGAGGGCCUGGCAAGGAUGGAGUUGUUUUUGUUCCUUACUACCAUUCUACAGAACUUUACCCUCAAACCAGUUGGAGAUCCAAAUGAACUUAUCAUCAAGACCAAUCACGUAGGGUUCACCAAUGUUCCACCACAUUAUCAACUAUGCUUUCUUCCUCUCUCAGGAAGAAGACAAAGUUGAUUUGGUAAAUUAGCCAGCUGGGUUCAUCUCCUGAACUCAAUGUUUUUGACUUGAAUCCCCUUGAGAGAAAGAAUAAUUUCCAACCAUUGAUUAAAAUGAGUCUCAAUUUUCAUAAACAA